UCCUCGCCGCUGCCCCAAAGGAAGGAAGGCAGAAAAGCUGAGGGGACGAGAGAGACAGAUUAGUCGUGGUGCCGCCGCCGCCCGUCCGUCCCUUCCUCCCGUCCCUCCCUAGGCAUGAAUAGUCUCCGCCGCCUCCGCUGGUCCCCGGUGAGUCCACGGAAUGCCCCGCGGGUGAGUGUGAGGCGGGAGAGCCCCGAUAAUGCCUGGAAGGGUUGGGAGUGGCAAAGGGCUUCUGGAAGUCCCGACGGCGAUGGUGUUUCAGCCCCUUGAGGGAGUUCAGGGCGCUGCACGUGGACCCGCUGCCCUCCUCCCCGUAGUGAUAAUCCCCACAACAGCCCUGCGGAGUAGGCUGGGCGGAUCUGCUGGGGCUCGCCCGCUUUCUGCCUGCCUCGCCCCAUUCGCCGCCCCUCUCACCCCCCACGCAGCCAAACAAACGGGUGAAUGGAUGACCGGCCCUUUGGGCAGCCUGGAAGAAUUGAGGCCGCCUGCCUCAUGCGCGGCAAAAAAAUGCCCCUGCCUGGCGACUGCUGAUGACUGAGCUGCUCUGUGGGACAGCUUCCCAGCGCACCAGCCAUGGGGUCACCAGAGCACCAGCCAUGCUCCUGCUGUUGCUGAGUUUCCUUCCUUUGCCCUGUUCGCCGGUGUGAAUGUCGGGCUUAAGGAAGGCCCUGCAGAGGGUGGCAGGAAGCAUCUCUGGUUUGGUUAGUGGUAGAACAUGGUCUGCAGGUAGCAUCUCCUCCAGGUAGGGCUGGAAUCUUGCCUGAAGCCCUGGAGAACUGCUGCCAGUCCAUACGGGUGGGCAAGACGGGUCAAUGGUCUGACCCUGUAUUGGUCACCUUCCUAUGUGUGAUAGUUGACAGGGAAGCAAGAGACAUCUUUUAUGUUAUACUGUACCGGUAAAUUCAGAUGGAAGACCUUUGUAGAAAUUUGUUGUUGUUGUUUAGUCAUUUAGUCAUGUCCAACUCUUCGUGACCCCAUGGACCAGAGCACGCCAGGCACUCCUGUCUUCCACUGCCUCCCGCAGUUUGGUCAAAUAUGUAGAAAUAGACGGUGCUUUUUCCCCCCUGGGGAUACACAAAGGUAUGCAGUACCAGCACUUUUUUUCCUAGAAGAAAAGCAUUGGUUAAAAGUGUGGCAUUUACUGUAAAAACUUCAUGGUGAGUACCAGCACUUUUUUCUCUAGGUGAAAAGCGCUGCUUAUCAAUAAACCCACACCUGAGUGAAAGAAAUUGCUACAUCAUAGCAGAAAAGUUGCUUAGUGAGAAAUAAGAUGCAGACAAGAUUCACUCAUUUGUGCGUUAAUUGUUUAUAUUCAGACAUGCCACUUGAGUAGAGGUCAUAUUUGCUUCCUGGGAUUUACUUGUGCGGAAUAAAUCACAGCUUGCAUGAGUGGGAAAUCUGAGCUGGAUUCUUGAUCUGAAGCUGUAGUGCGCAAGUGGCAAAAGAGGGUUAGUGACCUUCAUGAGAGGUCAUCGAGCAUGAUGAUAAUAAGCUCCCCAAAUCCACAUCUUGUUCAUCUCCACAUAUAAGGUAUAAGCAGAGAUUUUAAAUUGAUGACUGUGUUUCAUAUUGUAAGUGGCAGGUUGGGGCUAUGCUGUGGAGGCAAAGUAGUUUAUGAAAUUGUGCUCAGCUGUGGUAUCUGGAAGACAGGAUACCCUAUGCUUUAAGAACAAAGAUGCUAUUUCAGUGAUUUUUAAUAAACUAAGAAGGUUCCCCUGGCUCAGCAGAGGAAUAAUUCCUUUCCCCCUUUUUGGGUCAAGAGUCAAAUGCAGAUACUUUACAGUGUCCUUGGAGGCAAGGAUACUUUUGUAGGAGAGAAGUGCAGUCAUAAUCUACCACUGACUGGGCUCUUAUCUUGUAUUUGUAUUUGUUGCGUCAGAGUGUUUAGGAACAUUGUGUGUUUGUCUGGGCAAAUUUGUCUCAUAGUUAACGUUUUUCAGUUACUUUCCUUUCACUAUUGUCAGAUUGGAGCUGUGCAUGGCAAGUAGGCAGUGGUCUGGACUCAUUGCUGCAGUGUGGAUAGUGAGUAUUAAAUGUGUCUUCUGUGAUGAAUCCUCUGUGCUCUCAUCAGCUAUCUGGAGAUCUAGUGGGUGGGAUUCGUUGCAGGGGUGUUAGGCAGGAUUGAUUGAUCACAAAAUCAAGCCUUCAAACAUCCCCUGGUGUAGCAGUGAAGCCAUGGGCUUAAAAAAAACCCUCUCAUAAAAAGCCUCAUAGCUUGAAGUACUACUGUGUGUUUAAAACAUGACAGAUGCAGGGGAAAUGUUACAGGUAGCCUCUCUGAAAGGGUCCUUCCAGAUGCAAAUGAAUGUACAUUUUACAUACGUGAUGGUAUAUUGUAUGUGGGCUUUUCCCUGUGCCUGUGACAACAUGUCAUGUAAAAUGGCCUUUUAGAAUUCUCCUCUUACAGAAGAAACCAUCCGGGUUCUUGACCAGCGUGUCUGUCCACCUUCCCUUUUUUUAUCACCCGGAUAGAGCUCUUUCUGGUCAUACACUCCCUGGCUUUCCAUCAUCCAAACCAACCUACUUCCUUACCAAAGCUAAACUGUUUUUUGGCAUUUUAUUGAUGACAUUCUAGUCUAGUUGCUGAAUUUUUUUUUGACUUUGCAGCAACUCAGCCAAUGGUUUGGGAUUCACCAUCCGUCAGUUUUUAACCUACUUAUAUGGUGUGAGAAUUUUGCGUAAGCUGUUCAUCUGUGAUUCUCUUCCUAAUGUAUUAAGAUCUCCAUAGACUUCCCACCAAUAGUUGUUCUCUUGCACUUGUUCCAUUAGUAAUUUUCCAGGCUUGGCGAUUGGCUGGGAAAAUCUUAGAGUGAGUUGAUCAGUUAAAAUCUGGAAAUGUUUUGGAGCAUUCAUGGGCCAGGCCAGGUUGACUUUACAUAUAAGAGCGGCCUGCGCAAUCAGACCAAAGGUGGUCCAUCUAAUCCAGCAUCAUACUCUCAUAGGGGCCAACCAGAUGCCCCAAAGAGAAACUUGCAAGCAGAACUUGAGUGCAACAGCGCUCUCCCCCUCUUGCAAUUCCCAGCAACUGGUACUCAGAGGCAUACUGCCUCUGACAGCAGAGGGAGAACAUUGCCAUUGUGACCAGUAGCCAUUGAUAGCCUUGUCCUCCUUCAUGACUUUGUCUUGUCUUUAUAAUUCAUCCAGGUUGGCCUCCUGUGGGAGCAAGCUAUAGUUGGCACUGUGUGACAGGUGGCUCUGGGUGACUCUGCUUUUGGCUGCUGUCUGGGAAGCAGCCUUUUGGCCAGCAUGGGUGCAGAUGGGCCCUGGUUUGGAGCCAGUCUUCCAGCCCUCCCCAUGGUCCUCCUUGCCCUCUCAGGUUUUUUCUCAACCUGACUCUCCUUCUGUUCCUUCCUGCAGGCAGCCUCCAUCCCGGCAAGUGCUUGUGCUCCUGGGUCGCCGGUCUUCCCCUCCAUCUCCACCUUCACCUUCAUGGAUGCUGCCUGGGUCCUCCCAUGCAAUCCCUGCUCUCUGGCUCUGUAGAAGGUGGGGUGGUGCCUGAUGCCUGUCAUCCCCAUCCCGCGGCGGGUCCGCUCUUUCCAUGGCCCCCACACAACAUGCCUGCACUCUGCAUGUGGGCCGGUCAGGACCACCCACUUGGUGCGCACCAAGUACAACAACUUUGACAUCUACCUGAAGUCCCGGUGGAUGUACGGCUUCAUCCGUUUCUUGCUGUACUUCAGCUGCAGCCUGUUUACCUCCAUCCUGUGGGUGGUGCUGUCAGUCUUGUUUUGCCUCCAGUACCUCAGCAUCCGGGUCUUUCUCCGUUUCCAGUACAAACUCACCAUCUUCCUGCUGUUGCUGGGAAGGAGGCGUGUGGACUUUAGCCUCUUCAACGAACUGCUCAUCUAUGGCAUCCAUGUCACCAUGCUGCUGGUGGGGGGGCUGGGCUGGUGCUUCAUGGUCUUUGUGGAUAUGUGAAUAAAUAAAAACCAGUGCAUGUCGGUCAAGGAGGCAUGUUGGACUCUAACUUGGGUUAGGUCUUGUAUUUGUGAAUGCGUCCUCUUCUCCCUCACUUUGUCCUGCUGCUGAGGUUUAUAAAUUAAUGGGUACUCGCUUAGAAGUAAGGAUUGGAAGUUGACUUGGAAAUUCAUUUCUAAUUCUUCAUUGCCCUUGGUUGGUAAUAUGUGGAAAACAAAUCGUAUUUUUAUCUGCUUCAUUUUUUACCAUAAGCACCUGCCAUAUGUGGCCAAUGGCCCAUCUAGUCCAGUGUCCUGUCCUCACAGUGACCAGCCAGAUGCCUCAUUGGGAAGCCCACAAGCAUUCAAGCACAAGAGCCCUCUCCCCUCUUGUGGUUUCCAGAAAAUGGUAUUUGGAAGCGUUGCUGCCCCCAACUGUGGAGGCAGAGUAUAGCCAUCAUGGUUAGUAGCCUUGUCCUUCAUGAAUUUGUCUAAUCUCUUUUAGAUCCAUCCAUCUCUUUUGGAAUCUAAUGGUAUUUAAGUGGGCCCUGCAACAAAUUGUUGCAGUCCAUUCCCGCCUCUUAACAGGGACCAGCCAAGAUAACCUGCAGGGUACUCCGUUCCAUCCUCCCCUUGUUUUCUUUUCCAACUAGCACUAAAAAUUAGGUGGCCACUAAGCAUGCUGAAUCCUCAUUCUUUCUUAAAAAGUAUUUGAUGUACUUCUGCGAACUUUCGGGGGCUCUUUCCUCCUGUUGCUCAGUGGCUGUUCUUCAGUCUUUCCUGAGUUUGCUCUUGGAGGCAGGGAUGUGUUGUGUGCUUGCUGCCCCCAAUGCCAUUCUCAGGGCAGCCCCUCAGGAUCUCAACGGCCUGUUGCCAUUCCACUGCAGAGUUCUUUUGCUCAGACUAUUGAAAAAACAUAGCUUGUACACGGACAGUUGUGCACUUCCAUCCCCGUAUCUUGGCUGAGGGAUGUAAAAUACAGAACUCUGAGGAACUGUUUGUUUCAGCACUAUCAUUUAUCUAUUUUAUUUCAGAAUUUAUAAACUCCACUGGUGUAC